AAUCAGAGAUCAUUCGUUUUACUUUUUUUUUUUCACCCUAGAGAGUGAUAGUUUGCUUGUAAUUAUGUUUGGAUUUGCUGAUUUACAGGGAAAUCAACAGAACUCUGAACAGGAGAAAGCUCAGGAUGAUGCAAAGAGGGAGGCUGAGGAACGGAGACAGAUGAUGCUUAGUCAGAUAUUGUCUGCUGAAGCGCGAGAAAGGCUUGCUCGAAUAGCUUUGGUGAAACCUGAGAAAGCAAGGGGUGUUGAAGAUUUUAUAUUGAGAGCUGCUCAGAUGGGUCAGAUAACUGAAAAGAUUGGUGAAGUUCUAGUUGUACCAUUUAUUUGUUCGAAGUUAGAACAUCAAUAAAGGUCCUCAAUCUAUAAUUGCAUGCUAUGCAUUCACGUGACGGCUUUCUAUUAGGAUUUAUGAAAAAGUUGGUGACAUAUCCUCAAAUAGUCUAAUAUAGUUUUUCAAUAUUAGAGGUUUAGUGUUCUCAUCUUCAUGUGUAACUUGCAUGGAAUAUCAGUGUUGCAUAAUAGUCACUUUGCUAAGUAUAAUAAGUGUAUAAAGGGAUGACCAAUACAAGAGGAUCCCACUUGGUGGGGUUUGGUGAGGGGUAGAUGCUUGCCCCUGCAAAUGGAGAGGCUGUUUUCGAGAUCUGAACCCUGUUUCCAAGGCUCACCUGGCUAGAAGUUAGAAUUUAUUUGACAGUUCCAAUUGUGUUGUUAUGUGCAUUAUCUGUGGGAUGAUGGUUUUGCCUUUGGUAGUUGCGGCUAGUAAUGUUAAUCUUCUAUUUCCCUUUGAAUAAUGAAAGCAAAUAAAUCCCUUUCAAAAAGUGGGAGUGAGAAAUACCAGGUGAAAAUUUUUGCUUAUAUACGGCGAGUUCCAUUGGAACGUUAAAGUAAUUUUUCAUAUGAUGCAUUAUUGUAUCAAAUAUGAGUUCAUCUACCAUGCCUCUAAUCU